AUGGAAAUAGGGAACGCCCGCAAUGACAUCUCGGAGGCCAAGGAUAUAGCUAAGUCAAUCCGAGAAUGGCUGGGAUACGAGACCAGAGAACCUCACAGGAUCAUUGGAGAAAUAGGAAGUUCUAUAAAGGCUCUAGACAAAAAAUUGCAGGAUCUUUCCGACAACUUCACCAGUCAAACUAUUAAAAUAUCGGAAAAGAGAGCACCGGAGGAACGACAAAACCUUCUAAAAACUUUAGAAAUUGUCACAAGGCAGCUAGACGAACACCGGCGAGAACUCAAAGAAAUCAAAGACCAAACAACGCUCGUCCAAAAUAGCAGUACAAAAGCCAUAGAAAUUCUAACCACACAGUCUCCAUCCCAAUAUGAAUGCAACGACAAACGGCAGUGGGACGAUAUAAAGACUGACAUUUUGCAGGAAAUUAAAAAUAUAAAAUACACACAAACGCAAGAUACAUUUGACAACACCCCCAGCUCCUUAACAUUAAACCUUAGUGAACAUCUACAGCCCCUCACCGAACGUCUGGAAGCAGUUUCGUCGGAACUAAAAACCAUACGUGAACUUCGACAGAAAACGCCACCACCGGCGAUAAGCCUUAGUACGGAACUUGCGCUGGCAGAGAUGGCCAAGAGUACCAAAACAAUUCCGACAUAUGCUCAAAAAGUGAAAGAAAAGCCUGUAUUGAGGCCCAAUCACACCUUGAUCGUUUCGUCGACGGAUCCCAACAAAACAGGUGAGAAUGUCAUUGAAACGAUCAGAGAAGCACUUGAUAUAAAGAGGACUGGAGCAAGAGUAGAAAAGAUAAGGAAAGCAAGGAACCGAAAGGUUGUUUUAAGCUGUGGCACUAAAGAAGAUCUGGACCUCAUAAGAAGUCAGGUUAAGAAAAAUGAAACACUCAAGGCAGAGACUCCCAAAAUGAGUAAUCCACUUAUAAAAAUAAAAGACGUAUUAUCAUACCAUACUGAUGCCGAGAUCGUGGAACAGCUGCGAGCACAGAAUAAGCAUCUGUUCCAGGAUCUCAAGGCGACUGAAAACGUCAUGAGGGUUCGGUACAGGAAAAGGGCGAGAAACACGCACGAAUGUCACCCAAUCAUAGAACUCUCUCCAGCACUGCACCGGCGUUUCUUAGAAGCCGAAAAAAUCUAUAUAGGCCUACAGAGAAGACCGGUAGAAGACCAAUCCCCCUUAGUGCAGUGCACAAAAUGUCUGGGCUUCGGUCACACCAAAAACAUCUGCCAGGAAAAAGAAAAUCUCUGCAGUUAUUGUGGAGAAAACCACCCCUGGGAAAAAUGGUUAGGUUAG